GACAGGUGUUGUUGGAUCUCUCGUCACUAAAGGGAGGCAGCAAAGAAUGAAAAGACUAUAAAAGACAACUCAACGAUGCUGGCAAACUCAAAAAGCUUGAGCGACGGACCGCCCUCCUCCCUCUGUUUGAUGUGACGGGCAAGAUGAAGCUGCCGGCUGUGAAGGACUAUAUCCUGGACAUGUUGGAAGGUGGAAGGAAGAUCAUCGUGUUCGGCCAUCACAUGUCUGUACUGAAUGGUCUCUGUGAGGCUUUGGACAAGAAGGCCAUCACCUACAUUCGUAUUGACGGCAAGACCCCAGCUGAUAGGAGACAGGCCCUGUGUGAUCAGUUCCAGCACAGCGAGCAGUGUCAAGUGGCCGUACUCUCCAUCACCACGGCUAAUGCUGGACUCACCCUCACUGCUGCCUCCACUGUCAUCUUUGCUGAGUUGUUCUGGAACCCAGGAAUACUGGUACAGGCUGAGGACAGGGCGUACAGAAUAGGCCAAAAGUCAUCAGUCAAUGUCCAUUACCUCAUUGCGAAGGACACAGUGGAUGACUUUAUAUGGCCCUUGAUUCAGAACAAACUGUCAGUGUUGAGUCAAGCUGGUCUGGCUAAAGAUGACUUCUCCAGUGCAGAGAGCGCAGUACUCACAGCCAAGGAUGCAACACAAAAGACUCUGAUGGACUGUUUCAGGGAUUUGGUAUCAAAGUCUGAAAUGGACCAUGCAGCUAUCAAACUUUGACGAUACAUUGGAACUAGACACACCAGGUACUAGUGUGUCAUAACGUUAUAGUACCAUACCACAGUCACUCAUUCUUCAAGAAGUUGUGGCAUACUCUCUACUACACCAUUCCUCCAAAGAUGAUAAAAAGGCGGCGUUUGAAAUGAGCUCGUACCUCCUACCUCACCCAGAGCUUUGGAGGGACAGUUUCGAUAGCUACAAGCUGUAUCUAUUGGCCAAAUGUGAUGAGGUUGUCCCCGUGUUCGAUGGAGCCAAUGGCAUCGAGGAGACGUUCAAGGAAAUCUUUGAAUCUACUGGUACUACACUCAGCCUUUCUAGUGCUGUGAUUCCAAUCAAAGCAUCGUAUUUUUAUAAAGAAUAUCAAGUGACUGAUCUCGUUCUCUCCUCAGUUGAUGGUCUAUCAACUGUCUUACAUCUCUAUCAUGGAAUACACUGUGUUGUAACUAAGAAAAGCCCCAACUACUUUUCAAGCAUCGAUUGCAAACUAUUUCAAGAUCCGCAAAAAGUACACUUCCAAAAAUUGCUAGGAGAAGUCCCGGGAGAUUAUCUAGAAUACUUAUACAGAUGUGUAACAAGCCAUCCGGACGAUCCGUAUCUUUAUUUUGAACAGUGUAAGAAUUUGAUGUACUUUUUGUCGAGCUUAACACACUCUUUAUGUGAUGCAGUCUCGACGUUCAUGAAGGACCAUUUUGAUAUUGAACUCUAGAAACUUGUUAGUUUUCAGUGUGUGUGUGUGCUGCUGUUGUUUGACAUAAAUACUGAUGAAAUAAUUAAUUUUC